AUGCCGACCGAUAUCAACCCCGAUGCCUUACCGGAACUUAAGAGUCUAGCAACAUGGCUUUCCCGGAGUGCCCAAAUGAGGGAGGAGAAAGGGAAAAAGAACCUUUUAGAAUGUGUGGACGAGAAUCGUGAAGCGAAAGCAUGGCCGUUAUUAGAGAAGCUAGGCUAUGCUACGAUACGGGGCCAUUUCGCCUUGCUGUUGCGAAUAAAUGGAAAGGCUUCGAUUGAGAAACCCGACAAAGACGAUCGGACAUUGUUAUUCUUCCCUCUGUCUGGGGACGUGCAGGUUGAUGGCGAAGUCCUUAAACCAGGGACCUACAUUCAGCUCACGAAGACUUUAGACCUUGACGCUCAAUUAGAUUGUCUGAUUGUCGUUCUACCCUAG